CGUGUUGAACACCAAGUCCUUGUACUGUCGCUUUCGAAGAGUUUCGUCUUCACAAUCCGAUGGCUCGAGAGCUCUGAUUUGAGUUACGUUUGGUGACUGCAUUCGACUGUUGCCACUUCGGCUGACUCUUGAAAGGAUACAACUGUAGUGCUGGCGAUAUGUUUAUACCAGACGACUACCAUCGUCAUUCACUUACUUUUCUCCUCCACCUUUCCGAGAUCCUGGAGGUGGAGCCCAUUACCAAGUACUGUGCGUUGCUUUUUUACGAGGAUCGUCUUCUACCGCUUCUGAGAGGUCUGACUGAAGAAGAGGGCAGGAUAAAUUUAAAUUCAGGCCACUUUCGUGUGUAUCCUUUGACUCUUUGCAAUCUGCAGCUACUUGGUAGCGCCUGUUUCUGGAUUUCAGCCAAGCUACAUGAGAAUGAAGUUCCAUCCGCCAAGACAUUGAAAUCGUUAUUGAGGGAAUGUGUGACGGGUGCCUCUUUCAAAAGGAAGGAUAUCAUCGGAGCUGAACGGCUCGUACUGGAGGCGAUCAACUACGACAUAACAUGUGGACCAACAGUAUAUUCCCUACUGCAAAUACUCCUCGUGAAUCUCAGAAACGUAACGAUUCUGGGAGACUUUAUCACCUCGAAAGCGUGUGAAUACCUACUGGACAUCGUGUACGACUGCAGGAGCGUCCUGAAAACUCCAAAACCAAUUGUAGCCGCAGCAGUACUGGCCGUUGGCUACAUUGUGUGCGUGCCGCUGGAAGAAAACAACUUCCCUUUGCUUCAUUGGUUGACGAAGACCACGAAUGCCCACGCGUCGCAUAUCGAACGUGUUGUCAGUAUCCUCCUGUCCUAUGUUAUGGAUUGCCCUCCUGAGGAGUGUGGACAAAAUGAGCAAGAAGAACUUUAUAAAUCAGCAUCAUCAGCAAACAACACAGUAUUCUUCAUUGAAGAGGAUGAUCAGUAUGAACUGUGCACAAUGCAGGGUGUUGUCUGAGCGCCAUCAUAUAAAUAUAUGAUGGCGCUCCAAGCUUCAUGUUUUAAUUGCAGGAUUAGGUUUGGAACUUCUGUGACAAGUUUUGGUGGUUUGGAAUUCGAUGAACAAUAUAAUGUACAUGAAGGAUAGACACAUAAUUGAUUAAGUCUAACUUGGCAGAAUUUA